AUGGAAGCCGUCAAUAGUAUCUUCGCAGAAACCAUCAAUAGUGUCCUGACAGAAGCCAUCAAUUGGUUCGCAAGCGUUGGAUUCGGUAUUGCAAGACUGACCAGUAGGACAGUCUGUGGCAUCUUGGCAGAAUCCAUCGAUAGGACAUUCUGCGGUAUCUUGGCAGAAGCCAUCGAUAGGCUCACAAGUAUUAGAGCCAGUAUUGCAGGACUGACCUGCCGGGCAGUCCGUACUAUCUUCACAGAAGCCAUCAAUAGUAUCUUGGCAGAAUCCAUCAAUAGGCUCACAAGCGUUGGAUUCGGUAUUGCAAGAUUGGCCAGCGGGACAGUCUGUAGUAUCUUGACAGAAUCCAUCAACAGUAUCUUGACAGAAGCCCUCGAUCGGCUCACAGAGUUGUGUAUCCAGGUUGCAGCUCUCACCCUCAUUACAGUCGGCUUCACUAGCACAGUAUCCGUCAAUGUUCUCACAAACAUUGGACGCUGUAUUGCAUGUCUGGCCUUCUUCACAAUCACUCUGGCUCUGACAGAAUCCCGGGAUAUCCUCGCAGGAAUUGGACUGAGUGUUACAAGUUUGACCUUGUUCGCAGUCGGUCCCAUCCUGGCAGAAUCCUGGGAUAUCUUCACAGGUGCUCGACUCAGUGUUGCAAGUCUGACCCUGUUCGCAAUCACCCUGGCUUUGGCAGAAGCCUGGGAUAUCCUCACAGGUGUUAGAAUCGGUGUUGCAUGUCUGGCCUUCUUCGCAAUCACCUUGACUUUGGCAGAAUCCUGGGAUAUCUUCACAGGUGUUAGACUCGGUAUUGCAAGUCUGGCCCUGUUCACAGUCACUCUGGCUCUGGCAGAAUCCUGGGAUACCCUCACAAGUGUUGGACUCGGUGUUGCAAGCCUGACCUUGUUCGCAGUCGCUUUGGCUCUGACAAAAUCCAGGAAUGUCCUCACAGGUGUUGGACUCGAUGUUGCAAGUUUGACCCUGUGUGCAGUCGUUCUCAUCCUGACAGAAUCCCGGGAUGUCCUCACAGGUGUUGGACUCGACGUUGCAAGUUUGACCCUGUUCACAGUCGUUUUGACUCUGGCAGAACCCCGGGAUAUUCUCGCAGAUGUUGGACUGGGUGUUGCAUGUCUGACUCUGUUCACAGUCGUUCUCAUCCUGGCAAAACCCUGGGAUGUCCUCGCAGAUGUUACUUUCAUCAUCACAGUAUUGACCAACGAGACAGUCAUCAUCGCCAGUGCAAGGGACUGGACCAUCUUGGCAGGUAUUAGACUCGGUGUUGCAAGUCUGACCCUCCUCGCAGUCGGAAUCAUCGAGACAGAAGGAUCCAGGAUCGCGAUCCUCACAUAUGUUGUAGCCGGGAAUAUCCUCACAAGCCUGGCUGGCAGGGUUGCAUUGCUGACCCGCCGGGCACUGGCUGUCGUCAGUGCAGGUGUCAGGGCUGUUCUCGCAGAUAUUGAGGUCGAGAUUACAGGACUGGCCCUCUUCGCACUGGUCCUGGGACUCGCAGAAAUCGGGACCAUUCUCGCAAACACUGGUGACGGUGUUGCAUACCUGGCCGGGGGAGCAAUCGUCAUUAGAGACGCAGUAGCCGGGAAUGUCCUCACAGGCCUGGCUAGAAGAGUUGCAUUGCUGACCCGCCGGGCACUGGCUGUCGUCAGUGCAAGUCUCAGGGUUUUUCUCGCAGAUAUUGAGGUCGAGAUUGCAGGACUGGCCCUCUUCACACUGGUCCUGGGAUUCGCAGAAAUCGGGGUCGUUCUCGCAAACGCUGGUGACGGUGUUGCAUAUCUGACCGGGAGAGCAAUCGUCAUUGGCAACACACUCACAGUCCUCGCUAGAAGCGCAAUAGCCAUCGAUCGGCUCGCAAGUAUUCUCCGCCAGGUUGCAGCUCUCGCCUUCAGGACAUUGGGCGUCGUUGGUGCAGGAGCCAGGAAUGUCCUCGCAAGUGUUGCUCUCUGUGUUGCAGAACUGGCCUGCCUCACACUCAUUAUCAGCUUCACACGCUGGAGCUUCUUCGCACUCGUUGGUGUCGAGGUCGCAUGUCUGGCCGUCGCCGCACUCAUCAUUGGAGCUGCAGAAGCCGGGAAUGUCCUCGCAAGUCAUGUUGUCAAGAUUACAUUGUUCCCCCUCGUCGCAAUCGCUGUUGGAUUCACAAGAAUCGGGAGGGAGCACGCAAAUAUUGCUUGUCUGGUCGCAACUCUGUCCGAGCGGGCACUCUUCGUCGGAUUGGCAGGGCGUGUUUGGUCCAACUACGCAAGAGCCGUCAUCUUGGUUACAUAUCUGGCCCGCUGGACAGUCGUCAUCUGA